AUGGCGGCCCCGGCCCGCCGGCCCCGGGCCCUGCUCGCCCCCCUCGGCCUGGCCCUGCUCGCCGCCGCCGUCGCCGCCGCCGACCCCUUCUCGCCGCAGCUGGGGGACACCGGCGGGUGCCGCGGGCAGUGCGGCCGCAGCCUCCCGAGCCGGGCCGCCGCCGAUGCUGUUCUCAACGCCUGUUACCGGGGCUGCCGGCUGUUCUCCAUCUGUCACUUCGUGGAUGCGAGCGCCGAGCUCAACACAACCCGGGCCGAGUGUGAAGCAGCGUGUGCCGAGGCCUACGGCAACGCCGCGGAGCAGUUUGGCUGCGUGACCGGGUGCCACAAACAGCUGCCCGAGGUGGAGGGGAGCAGGAAGGAGAAGAGCCUGGAGCUGGAGGCACCCUCGUUUUCCCUGUUGGAUUUGGUCUCCACCUUCUGCAACGACAUCGUCAGCUCCGCCCAGAGCUUCAUCUCCUCCACCUGGACCUUCUACCUGCAGGCGGACGACGGCAAAGUCGUGGUGUUCCAGUCCCAGCCGGAGAUGGAGUACCCAGCACCCGAGGCACCGGAGAUCCAGCCGGCACAGCCGGCACCACCGGGAUCCAGCCCUCAUGUCCCCCAGCCCCACACAGGCCCCGGGGCGAAGGGGGAGAAGCCCCCCAUGAAGGAGCCGAGGGGCAAAGCCAAGGCGCACCCCCCGGAGCCCCCGCAGCAGGAGCACGACUUCCUCGGCUGCAUGUCCAAGUGGGGGGUGGUGGGGUGCUACAGGCGCUCGGGCCUCCCUCGCUGGAUCCUGGCCGCCUGCCUCUUCCUCUCCAUCAUGGUGAUGCUGUGGCUGAGCUGUGCCAGCCUGGUGACCGCCCCCGAGCAGCACGUCAAGACCCAGCCUCUGAGCAUCAAUGGGGACAAGGAGUACCUGGAGGACCUGGGUGGCCCCGGCGCCUUCCCGCUGCCGCCCGUCAUCGCCGUCACCCUGUGCCCCGCGCACGGGGAGGACGCAGGGCCGCUGCCCCUCAAAGUCGACCUGGACAAGACCAUCCUGUAGCACUCCCAUCCCUUCCCAUCACCUCUCUGCCACCUCCCCGUCACCGUCCCCAUGGCAUCAUCCCUGAUCCCGUUCUGCUGCCUCUCUGGCUGCCCCACAUCCCGAGCUCUCAGAGGGGCAUCUCUGGACCGGGGAACGGGAUCCAGCUGGGUCCCGCUCUCCUCCCCAGGGAUGGCCACUGUGGAGAAGGCUCCAGGAGCCAGGCGGCUUUGCCUCCUCCACGGAUGUGCCGUGCACUGGGAUCCUGGUUUCCACCACUCCAGAGCCAAGAGAGGAGCUGCCAGAGCCGGGAGGCCGGAGGGAGCCCGUCCUCGGAGCAGGACGGUCUGUCUGCUCCCGCCCGGAGCCGCCGGGGCCCCGCAGCCCUCCGGGCACGGGUCCAGCGCUGGGCAGGAGGGAGCCGGCUGCCGUGGGGGAUGGAGAGUGUCUGCAGCCUUCUGAGCUUUGGCUCGGCACAUCCCCGGCCUCCCACCUUGGGCUGAGCCUCCAAGGCGCCGGCUCCGGCCCUGGGAACUCCCUUCCGCCGGCCGGAGCCGAUUGCCUCGGGGAGCCGGAACGUGGCGAAUGGAUUUGGCGUUGGCAACCGGACAGGGGAGCGGAUCUCGCCGCCUCCGUGCCCACGCGAGGACCCAGCCGGCCCCUUCCCGGAGCUGUGGAGGGGCCCUGGGAUGGCUCCUUCCCCUCCUUGCUCCGUGACGCCGUUGGGGCACUGGCCUGGAUGCCGACAGGUUGCUGGUGGGACCAGGAAGGGGAUGAGGUGGCAUUUCCUUGGCUUCAAGCUUGGGCAGGAGGUGGGAGCUGCGGGGACGGCUCCAUCCUGGGCUCAGCAUCCUGUUGGGAUGGCUCCUUUCUGGGAUCAGCAUUCCUGCCCGGUGCUGGCAGCAGCUCAGCCUGUGGGACUGUGGCUGAUGGCAGGACCUGGCAGCAGCUGGUCACCGUGUCCCUGGGCACCCUGGCCAACAGGGACCCCCUCAGCUCACCCUGGUACCGCCUCUUGGCAUGGAGGGGUCCCCUCCCUCCUGGUGCGAGCCGAGGCACCUCCCCAUGUCCCCACCGUUCUCCAUCACCCCACUUUGUGCAUCGUUCCGUGCUUUGAUUUGCACAGGCAUGUGGUUCCUCGGCCCCCGGCGCCCCACGGGUACACCCCUGUGCCAGAGGGUGGCCCCGCCAUCCCCCUGUCACUUAACACAUCUGUACAGAUUAACUUAUUACCCUGACCCCCCUCAACCCCUGGGUUUUUGGGCUCUCUCUCCGUGUGCCAGCCGCUCCCUGGGGCUGGCGUGGUGGGGCAGGGGACUCUCGUUCCCAUCCCCGUCCCUGCCCAUUUCGUGCUGCUCCGUAUCACUGUCACCCACACGACAUAUCUGGGUUUGGGGAGGUGGGUUGGGGGGGGCUGUGGGGGGGUCUCGUGUCCGUUUUGGGGGGUACACUUUUCGUUGUCGCUUUUCGGCUCCGUGUGAAGCUCGGUGGAGUCUGUGACGUUCCGGCCACGGCAGAGCUCCCUGUCCCCAGGGCACAAAACUCCAGGGACAGGGCGGCCGUGGAGCCCUCCCGGCUUCGCUUCCAAAGGGCAAACCCAGCCCUGAGCUGGGAGGGGGAAUAAAAGGUUUGUACCAGA